AAACUCAAAUCUCAAACUAAGUACGACUCUUUUUUCGAAACUAAACCACACCUAUACUUAAUCUUAAACCUUUACUCUUUGACAUUUUACUUGGGUCAAUCAAAAUCAUACAGAGACACAUAUGCACAUGCGCAUACAUAUACAUAUACGAAGACGUAUAUACACUUUCUACCUGCCAUCCUAAAUACACCAGCUCUUGAAAUGUUUAUUUCUUUAUUCUCUCUCGAAUGCUUUCUUCUGAAAGGAUCCUACCCGCUGCUCAUUUCCGUUUCCCAAGCUAUGAACUCACAAGUGAGCCAUGAUAUAAAAAGCAAAACAAGCAAAAAAAAUGCACAAACCGCUUAUGAAAGGCUUGUUUUUGUUUGUUUCUUUCUUUUUUCUAGUGACAAAUCCGUACGUUUUCGUUUCAUCUAUGCAAUACAAGCUCCUCCUUCCCAUCCUUGUUGACCGCUGAUGUACCUACAAACUAUGGUAUGGUGUAAGAGACUAACAUACGUCUAUUCCCAGCACCAGCUCUAUGUAAUCCAUUGUUUAAACAUUCAUUGAUUAAGCAUACUGGAUGCAGACAUAUAUCUCAUUUCAUUUAUAUGCUGUCCCUAUAGUGGACAACAUUGCUAUUGUUUACGUUUAUUUAUCCCCACAUACUAAAUCCGUUCGCUAUUCAAAGACCUGUAAACUAUGAAACAUUUCAUUCCAAAGUUUUCUUUUCAUUUCUAUUAAAAAGGACGACAAAAAGAAAAUUCCUUUUUGUUUUAUUCUUUGUUCUUUUUCCGAUCUUCAGUUUUUUUGUCCCGGUUUCUAUUUUUACACAUGGUAACCUUACCCCAGCCCGUCGUGUCGGUAAUAGGCUUAACAACGUUAAUACGUUCCCACAACUAUAUUCUUCUAGAAAAAAAAUGACAUCAUGGCUUUUCAUAACAAGUUCAAAAAGAAAAAAUUGAUUU